AUGGAGCCUGUGUUCACCGUCGAGCAUGGCCACGAACCACCGGUAGUUCCACCGGCGCCGCACCAUGGGCCGGGGCAGAUGGAGGGCCAGGGUCGGGGCUUGCGCGUCGGCGGUGGCGGCGGCGGGGCGCGCCCCGUGGUCGCCCUGCUCCUCUUCCUCGGCGUGACCGUCGGCUUCGCGUUCGCGGUCUACCACGCGCGCCACAGCGGGCGCGACCUCGCGUUCGCGAUCGUCACCUACUACCUCUUCGUCGUGCUCGUGUGCUGCGUCGCGAAGCUCCGCCAGCUGCGGCGCGACCCGGCCGCCACGGCGGCCGAGCGGCGGCGCGUCAGGAUCGGGGCCUGGUGCAUCUCGGUGGCGCUGGGCACCACGGUCACGUCGCGCGUCGCCGACGCGAUGCCCGGGCUGGCGCUGAAGCUGGUCGUGUGGGGGGUCUCCGUCGUGCUCCACGGGCUCGGGCUCUACUUCCUUUUCCUCCGCAAAGGCGCCGAGCGCUGCGACGCGGAGGAGCUCCGCUGCGGCCAAGCCGACGUCGGCCGCCAGCCCGCGACGGCUUUGCACGGCGGGCUGUCCCCGGAGGAGAAUGUCUAG